UUUAAUGAUCAAUUUAUUGCCUGCCGGGAAGCCCUUUCUGACCCGGUUCGGCCCUCAGUUAGCUCCUUUUGCUCAGGGCUGGCGCCUGCCUCGGGAUGGAGGCGAACAACUCCACUGGCGACCCCCGUGCUCCCAGCCCGCAGCUGAGCGUGACCGACCUCAUCGUCAUCACCGUGUAUUUCGCCCUGAACCUGGCUGUGGGCAUAUGGUCUUCAUGCCGGGCCAGCAGGAACACGGUGAGAGGCUACUUCCUGGCGGGCCGGGACAUGACCUGGUGGCCAAUUGGAGCCUCUCUCUUUGCCAGCAGCGAGGGCUCGGGCCUCUUUAUUGGACUGGCGGGCUCGGGUGCGGCCGGGGGCCUGGCCGUGGCGGGCUUCGAGUGGAAUGCCACGUAUGUGCUGCUGGCCCUGGCGUGGGUGUUCGUGCCCAUCUACAUCUCCUCGGAGAUCGUCACCAUGCCUGAGUACAUUCAGAAGCGCUACGGAGGCCAGCGGAUUUGCAUGUACCUGUCUAUCCUGUCUCUGCUGCUGUCCGUCUUCACCAAGAUAUCGAUCGACCUGUACGCAGGGGCCCUCUUUGUGCACAUCUGUCUGGGCUGGAACUUCUACCUCUCCACCACCCUCAUGCUCGCCAUCACGGCCCUGUACACCAUCGCAGGGGGUUUGGCUGCUGUGAUCUACACGGACGCCCUGCAAACGCUCAUCAUGGUGGUGGGGGCCGUCAUCCUGACCGUCAAAGCCUUUGACCAGAUCGGCGGCUAUGAGCAGCUGGCGGCAGCCUACGCCCAGGCCGUCCCAUCCAGGACCAUCGCAAACACGACCUGCCACCUGCCCCGUGCAGACGCCAUGCACAUGUUCCGAGACCCCCACACAGGGGACCUCCCGUGGACUGGGAUGACCUUCGGUCUGACCAUCAUGGCCACCUGGUACUGGUGCACUGACCAGGUCAUCGUGCAGCGGUCGCUGUCCGCCCGGGACCUGAACCACGCCAAGGCGGGCUCCAUCCUGGCCAGCUACCUCAAGAUGCUGCCCAUGGGCCUGAUCAUCAUGCCAGGCAUGAUCAGCCGUGCGCUGUUUCCAGAUGACGUGGGCUGCGUGGUGCCGUCUGAGUGCCUUCGGGCCUGUGGGGCCGAGAUCGGCUGCUCCAACAUCGCCUACCCCAAGCUGGUCAUGGAACUGAUGCCCGUAGGUCUGCGGGGGCUGAUGAUUGCAGUGAUGAUGGCCGCACUCAUGUCGUCGCUGACUUCCAUCUUCAACAGCAGCAGCACACUUGUCACCAUGGACAUCUGGAGGCGGCUGAGGCCCCUUGCUGGCGAGCGGGAGCUGCUGCUCAUUGGCCGGCUGGUCAUCGUGGUGCUCGUCGGCGUCAGCGUGGCCUGGAUCCCCAUCCUGCAGGACUCCAACAGCGGGCAGCUCUUUAUCUACAUGCAGUCGGUGACCAGCUCCCUGGCCCCCCCAGUGACCGCAGUCUUUGUUCUGGGCAUCUUCUGGAGGCGUGCCAAUGAGCAGGGGGCCUUCUGGGGCCUGAUGGUGGGGCUGGCCCUGGGUGCCACUCGGCUGGUCCUGGAAUUCCUGCACCCCGCCCCCCGCUGCGGUGACCCGGACACGCGGCCUGCCAUCCUCAGAAGCAUUCACUACUUGCAUUUUGCCGUCGCCCUCUUUGUGCUCAGCGGGGUCGUUGUGGUGGCUGGGAGCCUGCUGACGUCACCCCCCCAGGGAAUCCAGAUUGAGAACCUUACCUGGUGGACCUUGGCUCAGGAUGUGCUCGUGGGAGCCAAAGCAGGCGAUGGCCGGACACCCCAGAAACACGCUUUCUGGGCCCGUGUGUGUGGCUUCAAUGCCAUUCUGCUCAUGUGUGUCAACAUUUUCUUCUACGCCUACUUCGCCUGACGCUGGCCCCAUGGCCAGGAAGGCCGGAGCGCUCGGAAUCCUCGGGUCUACCUCGCUUUCACUGAGGACACCGAGGCCCAGAGACCCAGGGACUGCCCUCGCGACUGCGUAGCCAGUCCGGUGCCCACACACCAGUUGAGCCGGCAAAGGAGGAGUCCUAAAAGGUCGGGGGGCGACGGACAGAAAGAAGGCGGUAUUUCAAAACCAGCACAAAGCAAAGAAAAUGAGGUUUCCGAUC